AUGAACGUUCCUAAAAGCCUUGCGAGGUGCACGCGAAGUUGGGGCGAACUCAGAAGACGUCGUGAGUUGCGACGCCUUCUUUCAGAUGAUUCUAGUCGUCGAGCCGACACAGGUCUGUCCAAAAACGUCAACAAUGGAGAGGACGGAAAGUUCAGGAGCUCUGGGAGAGUUCCACAUGACUCCGGUGGGCGAGUCUGACAUGAGCAACAGAAGUCGAGUGAGCAUGCUCUCGGCGGAGAUGCUCGCGGCGAAGCAAAUCGGCGUCCGCGGGCUCUCUUCUUACGGCUUCAGACUUCUCGAUGGCACUUUCUUGUACGUCAGUCCUUCUGUAUGAAGAAUCCGAUUCUAAUGAAGAUCCGAGGUUGCUUCCGAAAAAACCCGAUUCUGAACAUAAACUUGAGAAAUGGGUCAAAAAAACCGAUUAUUUUAAAAAAAUAUUUCAAAAAUUAUUUUUCAAACAUCUUUAGUUCGCCUUAUUUUUUUCACCUAAUUCUCAAAAAAACGACCGGUGUGACAGUUUGGAAUUAUCUUUUUUUCGAACUUUUUUUAACCUUUGAAGAAAUAUAAGAAACUUCGAAAAAAAUUUUGAUGGCCAAAACGGAUUUUCAAAAAGAAGACUCGAAUUUACUUGAAGACCUUUCGUUUGAUUUGUCGGUUUUCCGGUCCAUUUUUCUCUUUAUUUUAUAUGUUUUUCACAUGGAUCAGUUUUUUUAUUAAUAAUUAAUAGUGAGUAGUUGUCCAUGCGAAAAAACUGUUAUGAUCUUUAAAUCUCAUUUAAUUCUUUUUGUAAGACUCGAAACGCGAGUCCUUUGCGCUGAGAAAUUGUAUAAUAUCAUGAACAAGUUAUGAAUAAAAUGUAGGGGAAUAAUUUUAUUCCAACCUAGAAUCAGCUUCUCAGGUAUGGACCGAUCGCGUUGUUCCCGAAGACGGCGUUAUCGUGGCGUGUGCCGACGCCCGACGACAUCGCGCCGCGUUCUCUGCAGCUCUUCGCCGCCCUGGAGCCCAAGAUCGACAUCUUGGUCGUGGGAGUCGGCGACAAAAAGAACAUCGACCAGUCUGUCGAUUUCUCACCUCGCCGCCGCAAAUCUGAAAUUACAGGGUCCGACGACGGGUGGCGCCUUUUUUGCGCGAACACAAAAUCGGUCUUGAGAUAAUGGAUACGGUAUGCAUUUUUGAUUGUUUUUCAUCUGUAAAACAAAUAAAUUAUUGCUUUAAAAAUCUUCGAAUAUCAUAUUAAAAAAAUGUUGUUUCGUAUAGUUAGAGUAUUUCAUUUCGCAAUCACUGAAUAUUGAUCGAUUAAUAUUUCUUUUUUUGAAUAAUCUGGAAUCGAUAAAAAAAUUUAUUAAAAAAAUAAAAAUGUUUUUUUAUUCACUUUUUUUGGGUUUGUAGAAAUGGAUAAUAAGAGAAGAGAGAAGCCGUUUGAUGAAAAAUAAAAAAAGUAAAUUCAUAAAAAGUAGAUCGAGCCAAUGAUCCACCAGGAUGGCCGAGUUGCAUUAACUUCUCUAAAAAUUAAAUAUUUGAGAAAAAGCUUCCUAUUUUACUAUAUAUUUAGUUCUCGUUUCUCUUUAUUGAUACUUUCAAGGAUAAUAUGAGAUUAACUACCAAAUCAAUCAUUUUCCAAAAAUUGUUUGCAAAGAAACUUCAAAGUCAGAAAUUUUUUUGAACCAGCGAAAAAACGGAAAAUCAAUUUAUUAGCUCGAAAUUUGGUUCCAGGAAGACGCUAUCGCAACUUUCAACUUUCUGAAUGCCGAAGGCCGUUACGUCGCGGCGGCACUUUACCCUCCAGAUGAAAUGGUUUCAUUUUUCACGCUGUAGAAAGGAAAUGGUUUUGAUCAGGUUGUCUCUGACGCUGAGUACGGUAGAACACUGGCUCUUCUGAAAGGAUGGGACGCGGUUUGCUUGAAUUUUUAUCAUCCGAAGUAAAUCGAUUGGCAGUUGGACGAGAAUCCCUUGUUGGCGGGUAUAUACGACACGAUCAACGAGGCAGAGGAUCUUGUCCGGAAACUCUGGAGCGGCGACGAAAAAAGUUGGCAGAAGGCCCGGCAGCAGGUACUUGUCUAACACAAAAACAAUAUUUUUUGUGUGCCAAAACUGAAACUAAAGAGAAAAAACGCCGCUUUUCCGAAGGACUUUUCUCUGAAAAAGAUUGAGAUAUUUGUUACAAAGCAAAUUUUCAGGUUUUGGAAUCGCCAGAUGCUCGAGAAGAACGGAUGAGACUAGAGCUCGAGAAAAAAGACACGAAAAAGAUUACAGAUUAG